AUGGCCCUGGGUAAGAUGAAAGAUCUGAGCCUAGAGAGCUCCAUGACACGCUCUGAAACAGAUGAAGUGGGUGGAGUUCUCCUUCCAAAAAGAGUGUGUGACAGGUGGGAUCAAAUUUGGAACUUCAGAGCCAGACCUGAUGAUCUGCUCAUCGCAACCUAUGCAAAAGCAGGUACAACAUGGAUACAGGAGAUUGUGGAUAUGAUCCAACAUGAUGGAGACAUUGAGAAGUGCAAACGUGCCACCACUUAUCUGCGACACCCUUUCAUUGAGUGGGUUCUGCCUGGACCUUUCAGCUCUGAUACAAAUGGCCUGGAACUAGCUGAAGCAAUGCCCUCCCCACGAACACUGAAAACUCAUCUCCCUGUACAACUGGUGCCUCCAUCCUUUUGGGAGCAAGAGUGUAAGAUAAUCUAUGUGGCAAGAAAUGCCAAAGACAACCUGGUGUCCUACUACCAUUUUCACAGAAUGAAUAAAAAUAUGCCUGCGCCAGGAACCUGGGAGGAGUUUUUGGAGAAAUUCAUGGCUGGACAAGUGCUUUGGGGUUGCUGGUAUGAUCAUGUAAAAGGAUGGUGGGAUGCAAAAGAAAACCACUGUAUUCUCUACCUCUUCUAUGAAGACCUAAAGGAGGAUCCAAAGCGUGAAAUCCAAAAGGUGUUACAGUUCCUGGAGAAGGACUUGGAGAAUGAGGUUCUAGAUAAAAUCAUCCACCACACAACAUUUGAGAUAAUGAAGGACAACCCCAUGGCAAACUACACUUUUCAGCCUCCUGCAGUAAUGGACCACUCAAUCUCACCAUUCAUGAGAAAAGGGACUGUUGGAGACUGGAAGAACCAUUUCACAAUGGCACAGAAUGAGAAAUUUGAUGAAGAUUAUAGGAAGAAGAUGUCUAGAACCACUCUGACCUUCCGCAUGGAGCUCUGAGAAGGGGCCAUAUGGAUUAUUCUCUAUAAUCUACUAGCACUUUCCCUAUAAAAGCCUCACAAAAUACCCGUGAAAUCUAAAAUUACAAUGCUCCAAGUUUCCCACACCACUGACUUCACAGGGCUGAGCAUCCUCUUCCUCUGUGUAAACCUAAUUUUGAGACAAACAUCUUAGUUAAACUAGAGUCAAGCAGCAAUGUACUGUAGAGAAUUUGCAGGAGUCCCUCAAAAUCCCAGCCCCAAAUUGAAGAGGUGGCUGGGGUGAUUUCCCUGAUGAAAUUUAUCCCCUCAUCCCUAACUCUUAUUCUUGGUGUUCAUAAAAUUCUUCUGAAGAGCAGGGCUGUGAGGUCUUGUUCAUUUGCUUUUUUUGCAUUUGUAAAAUUUUAGACGGUAAUAUCCAAUAUUUUUAAAACCAUUCCCAGCAGCAAGUAAAAACCCUGAACUAGAAGGCACUAUUGAAGUGCAACAUGUUGUUGUUGUUUGUAUGUUUUCAAUGUGCUGGGCAAACUGUAAUCCAUCCUCCCAUUCCACUAGUGCAGUAAGUAAGUACUAUUAGCUACACUGUGCAGAUGGUGAAAUGGUGUCAUGCAAGAAUUUGAAGUUACUUAUUCCCCCUCUCCUCCCACACAUACUGCAUGCUAUAUAAGAUCUAGCCCUAAAUGACUUGCAUUGGCAGCAGUUUGGUCUAACAAAUUAGUUUAUGGGACUAUGAAUCAGAAAACUAUACUCGUUCCACCUCUAGGACUGACCUGCUCUCCAGGCCUCAAACCAGUUGGCCACUAAAGCUAGGCACCUAAAUCCAUACUUUGAAGGCAGCCAGAUACUGGGAUGUCUCAGCACUUUUGAAAAUCAGACUGCUUAGCUAAGUGCCAACUAUAGAGUUAGACCUGGAUCUUCAAAGGUAUUUAGGCUCAUAACUUAACAGAAGCUAAGGCGCCUGAAUACCUUUUGAGGAUCUGGGCCUGAUGUACUGAACUUUAGGCACCCAUGUUUGAAAAAUUUGUCAUUAAACAUAACCUUUCUGAGCCUCAAUUUUCCUAUUUACAAAAUGGGGAUAAUGAAAUAAAUGUACCCCUCAAAGUGGUUGUGAAGCAUGAUUUGUGUUGUAAAAGCA